AUGAAGAGUUAUUUCUUACUAAUUAUCACAUGGAUCUUGCUGUGGCUACGUCUAAUUGACGCAGCUACACUCCCAACAAGUUGUGCACGUGUCUGUGGCCAGUACGAGCAGUGUUUCGUGUACAACAACGCCGAGUAUUGCGCGCAAUUGUGCGCUCCAGGUCGAUGCGGCGACGAUCAAACGUGUAUCUUACGUGGCGUGACCCCUUGUGCAAGUGCCCCCUGUCUACCCGAAGCUGUCUGCGAGCCAAAACAAUCCUCCAUCAUCACCACGCCCACAUCAACAUGCAAGCUCAAUUGUCAACUCAUAAGCUCUCCAGUCUGUGGCUCGGACAACGUUUCGUACGCCAACUCGUGCUUCCUCAAAGAAGCUCGCUGUUCGACUGGCAACACCGACCUACACGUCAUUUUCCGUGGCCUUUGUGCAGCUGAAAAGGCUCUUAACACGCAGUAUAACCCUCCACCAACAAGCCCCAGUACCAACUGCCUCGCAACUACAAGUACAACCUGCUCUACCGUGCUAGAUCCGGUGUGUACAAGUGCAGGAACAAUGCAAAACUUGUGUUACUUCAGACGUCAACAACGUUGCAACCAGAGUCUAAUACUGAUCCGUUCCGGGUCCUGCGAAGACGUCAACGUCAUGCCACAAUGUCCAGCUACCUGCACACAGACGUACAGUCCUGUCUGCGCUUCCAACGGCCAAUUAUACGGGAACGAGUGUCGAUUCCGUCAAGCCAAAUGCUCCCGUCUGGGCCUAUUAGCAGUCAAUCUUGAACCUCGCACAUUAGCAGAAUGCAAUGUAUAA